AUGCGGCUGUUACUCCAUGAGAUUUUUUCGAAGAAGAAGGCUCAAUUCGACGAAGAGCUCAAACAUCUGGCCCAAAUCAGCAGCAUUGCCGUGGGAAUAGAGGAGGGUGACCGUGGAUUUGGGGUGCUUGAUAUGUACGGCCACGAUUUCAUUACUACGUCGAGUCCGAAGCUUCAAAACGUCGACGUCUUCUCUUCUAGUGAUUUCAGAAAUGUAAGAUUUGCCACCGUAGGUGUCGUCGGAGAUCACAGUGUAAGAUGGUGGGCUAGGUGGGAAGAAGGCGAACUUGGCGGGGAUUGA